AUGCGUAAGGAUCUGGGGGUCACCCCUUUUGGGGAAGGGGAUCUUCUAGCUAUUGAUCCUUCCCAAGCGGUCUCUAAGGAGCCUAGCAUUCUUCCUUCUAUGCCUUCAGUAAUUUUGGGGGUAGCCCCUUCUAUUCCUCCAAGGCUGACUUCAACUCUUACUGCGAUUCAUGAGAGUUCUCUUAUGUCCAAUGCUUCUCUGAUUGCCACCAAGAUAUUGAACAUUAUAUCUCGGGCAGACAUACUCAAGUUUGCAACAUUCAGUGCUAAUGAUGAGGUCGCAGAUGAUCUUCAAUAUCUUGCUACUAUAUGA